CACCAGCCAACCAACACACUAUACUUGGGGGAAUUCUUCUCAGUUGUGUUAUCUAUCAUUUCUUUAUUUGUUUAUUUAUUUAUUUUCAUUUCUUCGUCUUCGUCUUUUUAGCAAUCAAGUCUCAGUACCACCCAUUCUCUCCAAAAUGCCGCCCAAACGAAAACGCGCCGAGCAACCCCAAGACCAGAGCCCCGACACCUCGAGCUCGAAGCGAUUUGCGUUCCUCAAACCGCAGGUCCGAAACGUCCCUGAGCGGACGAUAAAGUCCAAAUGGACGACGCUGCCUGAGCCGGCGCAGGAGAAAGUCCGCGAUAUCUUCCGCACGCUCGAACGACCAGUGAUUGUGCGACAUGGCAAUGAGCGGAAACGCAUCGAGGCGCAGGCGGCUGUCCAGGCGGUAGUCAGAAAUCUUGGUAGACGGUUGACUCGAAUUCCGUUUCCUCCCGCGACGAAAGAAUCGAACUUUGAGUAUGAGACCGCGUUGGAUGAGCAUCGAUCAUUAGAGGAUCACCUUGGUACCGUGACUGAUAGUAUUGAUCUGCUUAAGGCUCAGAUUGCAAAAGAGGAGGCCCUGUUGGCUAGGGAGAACAAGCAGCUGGAGGAAUUGAGGAAGAAUGCCAAGGCAGCGGAGACGGAAAGGAAGAGACAACUGAAAAAUGAACAUCCGAUAAUCCAGCAGCUUGGCAGUCUGCCUCCAGGUCAGCCGUCUGGUCGGACAGAAGUCAAAUUUUCCGAGACCAAAGACCUCCUGGCUGACCUAUCAGACCUUGACGCCGAUGCCGACGUUCUCAAUCUGCUCAAACAAAUCAAUGGCCAUCUGCAAUCACUGCAAACCAAUACCGCCCCUCUCGAUGGCCUCAGUGACGCGAUCACUCGGUCGCAGGCAGCGCUGAGCCUAUUCUCGGCGUCUGAAGGCUGAACGGCUUCGUUGUUUGAGUCUCAUGAGACAUUUCAGAUCAACUUUGAACCUCGCAUUACAAAACAGCGAUACAACAGUCCAAGGAUACAGUUCCGAGAGACCGCCAUAGUACAUCGCAAUGAUGACAAUGAAACAAUUGAACUAGCUUCGACCCCUUCCAGGCCUACGGGAAACGAUCCGGCUCUGGCGUCCACAGGUAUGAAUGCAAACGUCGUUGCUGCCGUAACAGCUGAGCAUAGAAUACGGCAUUUACAAACAGGAUGGUCGUGUGAAUUGGAAUAGCUUGCUAAGUGCGACACUCCAAAAGAAGCCUCCAGAGUAGCACUCUGCAGAUACAAGCCUGUCUUCGAUAAUUCUAUGAACCUUCCUGGAAGCGUCUGUAGAUAUGUGUUAGUCUAAUCACUAGAGAUAACUAUUUAUUCAGGGGAUCUUAGUAAUGCUG